UGAUCCAUUUCGAGUUAAAAUAUUUGAUUAAGUGAUUAGUAAAUAUGAAGCCCAAAAGCCCACGCAUUCGUCAAACACAAUUGACUGGCCAGACCCAAUCGCCCCGUGCUCGGGCUCCAUACACCAAGUCCCUCAUUCCGGGCACAUCGCAAAAGCGUCGCAGCUUCACGCCGCGCAGCAACCAAAACAAGAACAAUGGCCCCUUCGACAAAAAGAAAAACGAGCAGCUGCUUGCCAAGCACCCACCUGCUGGACUGCUGACACCCUCAUCGUCCGACACCUCGCUGACCACCACUGUUGCCCGCUGCGGACAGCGCAGCUGCACGGUCAUGCCCAAGGUCACGAGUCUGCUCAAGGAGCCCAAGCCACUGGCUCCCAUUCUAACGCUGAAGCGCCAGCAGACGGCAGCCAUGAUCAACUAUCGGGCACGCAAAUCCGUCUCCCAAAUGGACAUCAAGGAGGCCCGUCGCACAGGCCAGUAUCAGCUGGUGGCCCAUGUGCCCUCGCCGGGCAGCAAGGACAACCAGACAGUGGCUGCCGCUGGCCUGGAUGCCAGCAUGUCCAAGUUGCUGUUGCAGGAUGCGGCAGAGAUGUCCGACGUACCCAAGGGACGUGUGAGCUUUGUGGUCAGCAGCGAUCAGGAUGCACGCGUGGCCAGCCUGAAGAUUUUCAACACAAUUAUGCUGCACGCCUGGCGCAAGCGGCGCGAGAGCGUACGUCAAAUCACACAGCAAUUGGAGGAUCAAAAGAAGAUUCUACUGAAAACCCGCAACCAGCUCCACCUCUACACCUCCCUGUUCUCCGUGGAGCAGCGUCGCAACGGCACUCUCAAUGAUCAGCUGCUGCAAUCAUAUCGCGAGGCUGCAGAUACAAAACUCUCCUACGAGGAGCUGCACCUGCAGCUGGAGAAGAUCAAGAGCGAGAAGCAGCAACUGUCCGUUGAGCUGAAAGAAAAGAAUAAAGAGAUUAAGAACCUGAAAGAGUGGCAGGACACCUUGAACGGUGAAGUCUUUUCUGCCAAUGCCGACAAGGAAGUGCAAAUGCUACAAAUUGCACAGUUACAUCGCGACCUUCAAAAGAGUUUGGACAUCCAGCGGGGGGGCAGGCCGCCAACUUGGAGCUGGCUAACAUCGCGACAAAAACUUCAAGCCGAAUCGGAGGAGAAGUACAACAAGCUUUUGGAGCACUCCAAGCAGCUGGAGCUCUGUGCGCAGCAGAUGAAGGAUCAGGUAGAUUUGCUUCAGAGCUGCCUGGCUGCCACCAUGGGGCAGCGUAUACGCCAGUGCCUCAUCCAGAGAGAGGUCUACCAGCAGGCCACCUUCCGCGUGCUACACUUUGUGGCCGACUAUGUGCUACCCGGCUAUGCACCGCCGCCAUCCAUUCCACAGGCAGUCAGAAUGAUCAAGGAACGCUUGUUCCCAAAGCUGUCUGCAGAGGAGAAGGUUGACACUAAGCAAGAAAAGUCCAUAAAGGAAUUCCUUAAUGAAGCGGAAGAAAAUAAGGAAUCGUCCAAUUAA